CGAAGACCCGCAGCUUCACCACACACCGAAGACAAUCCAGCUCUGCAGGAAUCUGACAUGUCACCACGCUCUCGCCCUCCAUUUCAGGAUCUUCCACUCGACAAGAAUGGCCCUCCAGGAAACGCAUGGGGCCUCUACGGCGCAGACGACGAACUCGGUGCUCUGAAUAUGAUCACACCGUCUGUCGUCAAAGCAGCCGCCCAAGAAAUACAAACAGGUGACCGCGUCUCGCUAGACUGGUAUCUCAACUUGCCUUCUCAUCCUUCGUUUAACCGGCCACAAUUCUCUUGGAAAAUGAUGAACAAAGAACAUCCAGACGGUACGAAGAGAACAGUCAACGACGAUCAUCUAAACUUCAACACUCAAGGAAGUAGCCAAUGGGACGGAUUCAGACAUUACGGAUAUCAAAGCGCAAAGAGAUACUACGGCGGACGUUCACAGCAAGAUAUCGAGUCGUCGGAAGUCAUCGGCAUCGAUCGCGUGGCUAACUCUGGUGGUAUCACCACUCGGGGUAUCAUCCUGGACUACCCGCGAUAUCUUGAAAGAAAAGGAAAGAAAGGAGUAUACGCAUUAGAUGCGAAUAGUAUCACGGCAGAUGAAUUGGAGGAUAUGCUCCAAGAAACAGGUAUCGAGACGAGAGAAGGUGAUAUGUUAUUGUUACGAACGGGAUUCACUCGCGAUUACGCCAAGCUAGGCGAUGAAGAGAAGAGAGCUAUCAGGGAUAAGCCGCCGGCAUUCUUGGGUGUGCAGUCGGAUAAGCAGUCAGUACAGUGGAUUUGGGAAAAUGGGUUUGUCGCUGUUGCAUCUGACGCCCCUUCUUUUGAAAUGGCACCUCUAGUAGGUCCACACAACGCUCCGGGCGGCCUCUGGGCGGGUGAAUCCUGGGAAAAAGAUAUGCAGGGCGGUGGAUUAUUACACCAGUGGUUGCUGGGUGGCUGGGGUGUCAUGAUAGGUGAGAUGUUUGAUUUAGAGCGGUUGUGUGAGAAGAGCGAGGAGUUAGGACGGAGGUCUUGCUUUGUUAGUAGUGUGCCGUUGAAGCUUCAUAACCUGUCAACAGUCAUCACAGUCAAAAUGAAGUCUUUCAUCACCAUCAUCACUCUCCUUACCGCAUUCGCAGCUGCCACUCCGGCCGCGUCCUCUCAGACCAAGGCUUGCACGCGCCCUUGUUUCCCGGAAGCGACAGAGUGUGGUGAGGACUGGGAACCUGUGCACUCUGGUGUGAGUGUUUUUGACUUCCUUGCGGCAUAA